AUGUUCCACCCACCUCCCACUGGAAGCUCAAGUUCACAUGCAGACACCACACCAAGCGAGACGUUGCUGAAGCGCAAGCGCUCUGAUAGCCAGUCCACUCUUGCCGGCUCUCCGGGAAAGUUUCAAGUCCUUGAAGGCGAUCGAGAAACAGCAACGUCGAGGUAUCGCGAUGAGAACUAUUAUCUGGAAGAUGGGAGCUGCAUUAUUCUGGUUCAGGACACCCUCUUCAAUGUGCACCGAACAAUGUUGUCCAAGGAUAACUCCCUGUUCUCAUCCAUGUUCUCUCUGCCGCAGGGGCAGCACGAGGCGGAAGGCCGCUCCGACGACAAUCCUAUCGUCUUGAUGGACGACACUGUCGCUGAAUUCCGACACUUUCUUUGGGCAUUAUACGCGCUACCACUAGAGCUGCGGGUUGUUCAUUCCGAAUCUGCAGACCUCACCCAGCUAAUGGGCAUCGCGCGGAUUGCGAACAAGUACUCCUUCAAGAGCAUCGAGACCUGGAGUCUGGACGCGAUCCAGGAAUACGUGAACCACAAGCCGUCUCCCAUCAUCACUUCUAUUCCACCGCCUCAUACCUACGUGUUCUCUGCGAGCUCUCCAGAGGGAAACAAUGCCCCACGCCAACUGACACAACUGAUACGCCUCGCACAACUAUGUGGCCACGAUAAGCUGCUCAGCACGAUGGUGUCGCUGCUGCGGCAGUUGAUGAGCUCGUCGUUGCAGUAUGCGUAUCUGGCGAUGACGCUGGCAGACGAAUUGGAUCUGAGGGUGUUGAGAGGCGCUGCAUACCUGGAGGUCAUGCAGAAAGCUGUGGUAGUCAAGCGGACAAAAAUAGACCCCAUAAAGCGCAGACCGGCAACGAUGAUAGCUGGACCGAGUGUGGCUCAGUCGACGGACGAUUUAGAUUCUGCGACAGAAGAAGCGAACGAAGGCGACGUGGACGAGGAGGGUCGGCUGGUGGUUACUCGAGCGCAACAACUCAGGCUGUUAUCGGGCUACUACCGACUCACGAAAACUUGGGAGCGACUGCGAAUCACGCCGCCGCAUUUUGACCAUGCCCCGAGCUGUUCAGCGACAUGGCAUCAGCAUGGAUGUACCCAGAGUUGGCUCGAGUUUUGGAAGGACAAGACAAGGGGUGAUGCAGUGCUCUCUUUAGGUUUGGCGGACGUGUUGGGGCGGCUGAGGCAGGUGCAGAGGGACUACGAUAGGUGGGGAAGUGCAACUUACAUGCACCAUGAUUGUCGAAUGGCGGCGAAGAGGAGCAUCACGGAAGUGCUGAAGCGUGUAGAGGAGGCAUUGCCUGAUUUUUUCUCGGAAGCGGAUGAUUGA